AUCGGAGUAUUUGCGGAGCAGCGAGAACAGCCGGUCGAUUACACAAGUUCCGCCGUCCCGGCAUAACCCGCAUAACCAGUGUACUUCGUACCACGCGAAGACUUAACCUCGUCUUCUCUCAGUCUCGUCAGUCUCGUGUACAUUUGCACAUCGUCGCUCGCCACCGUUGCCUCGUGCGCAAUCUUGCCGUCGUCGUCGUCGCCGUCGGACCGGCGUAAGUAGAGAACGCAGGCGCGUUUCUCCUCGGCGCAUUUCGGCGCCUGUACGGAACGAGUUACGAGAGUGUGGAGGAGCGGCAGCGAAUCACGUGCGCGCGCGCGCGAGAGAGGACAGUCCGUGUUAUCGCGCCGAACGUUGAUCAUCGCCGUUGAUCCUCGACGUCGUUCGUUAUCGUCGUUCAAGGAGCGUUGUAAACCGCGUUCCUCAUUCUCGUCCCACGUGCCGAGUGCGCGAUGAACCGCGACAGCGAGAACAGGGGACGAAAUGGCCACGUGCUUGUGUGGGAACAGCCCGGACUCGACGAGGACGAGCGGGAAAGAAGAAGAAAAAAAGUCCGGUUUGGGAAACGUCACAUGGUGACUUUCAUGAUAUUUCUUGGUAUGGCAAAUGCCUAUAUAAUGAGGACCAAUAUGUCUGUUGCUAUCGUCGCGAUGGUCAAUCAUACAGCUAUCACGAACAACGAUGAGAUGUUAGAAAUCGAAGAUAAAUGCGGAGAGGUUACCAAUGAAACCGACGCUGUUGAACGCAGCGCCGACGGACCAUUUGUAUGGGACAACAAGCAACAAGGUUAUCUCUUAAGUUCAUUCUUUUGGGGCUACGUUAUAACGCAAAUACCAUUUGGUAUACUUGCCAAGCGUUACGGUGCCAAAUACUUCCUCGGAAUCGGCAUGCUGAUCAAUUCGCUUUUUGGAUUACUAGUACCAGUAUCCGCGUAUUGGGGAUAUUGGCCGCUGAUAAUCGUUCGCUUCAUUCAGGGUUUAGGAGAGGGUCCUAUUGUGCCUUGCACACACGCAUUGCUGGCGAAAUGGAUACCACCUAACGAGCGGAGCAGGAUGGGUGCCUUUGUCUAUGCCGGUGCACAGUUCGGCACGAUAAUAUCAAUGCCGUUGAGCGGUUUAUUGGCCGAUUGGCAAUUAGUAGGUGGAUGGCCAUCCAUUUUCUACGUGUUUGGUAUUAUUGGUACCAUCUGGUGCAUAGCGUUUCUCAUAUGGGUCUAUGAGGAUCCGGAACAACAUCCAAGCAUCGCUGAAGACGAGAAGAAGUUCAUACUCAGCUCUCUAUGGGGUAGCGCCGGCAUAUCCUCGUCACCUCCCGUACCAUGGAAGUCCAUUGCAACUUCGUUACCAUUUUGGGCUAUCUUAAUGGCGCACAUGGGUCAAAAUUAUGGGUACGAAACGUUGAUGACUCAACUUCCGACAUUUAUGAAACAGAUUCUUCACUUUAGUAUCAAAAAAAAUGGUAUCUAUUCGGCACUUCCGUAUUUUGCUAUGUGGCUUUUCUCCAUGUUUAUCUCUCAUGUCGCUGAUUGGAUGAUCUCUUCGGGAAGAUUUACUCACACUGUAACUCGCAAGAUCGUUAACAGCAUCGGCCAAUUUGCACCGGCCUUGGCAUUGAUAGCAGCUUCGUAUACUGGUUGCAAUGCUUGGUUGACAGUAACCAUUAUUACAUUGGGAGUCGGUUUGAAUGGUGCUAUUUAUUCUGGUUUUAAAGUAAAUCACCUCGACAUUUCUCCGAGAUUUGCUGGAAUUUUAAUGUCCUUCACAAAUUGUAUCGCUAAUCUCGCUGGACUUCUCGCACCGAUUACUGUUGGAGAGGUGAUUGCUAAAUCGCCAUCACAAGCAAAGUGGAGGAUUGUAUUUAUGAUCUGCGCUGGUGUUUACAUCUUUUGUGCGGCAUUUUAUGCAAUUUUCGGUUCUGGGCAAAGGCAAGCAUGGGACAAUCCAGAUAAGGAUGACGACAAAAACGAGAAAAAUCAACUAGACAGUGUAAAAAUCGUGAACGAGACUCAACAUUGACAAGCGAAUAUUUUAUUUAUAAGAUCAGUGGUGAUACGAGGACACUGACGACGUGACGAUUGUGUCCACUUGGUCCUUUCUGUUUAUGCAUGUAUUCAUUCCCUUCCUUUAUUUAGCCAUUCGAGACAAGCGAUUACAUUAAGACACUUAAGUUAAUCUCACAACUGUAUAUUUUUUAUCGUAAAGAUAUAAAAUUUUUCAUAAUAAUUAUGUCAAUUCGCCUUGUAGAUCUUCAUACUUUUGUAUUGGAUUGCAAAAGUUGUACAUCAAUCGCUUUAAUAUCAUAUCGUGUUUUGUGUGAAAGAUAAUUUGUAUGUGUGUAAGAGAGAGAGAGAGAGGAAAGGGAGAGAAAAUAUAUAUAGAAUAUACUCAUAACCAAGUUACUAUUAUAAGCUUCGGUUCGCGUCAUUUGUUGUAUUUUAUAAUUUAUCAAUUUUUACAUAAUAAUUUCAUGUAUUAUGUAGAAUUAGAAAAUCGCACUUUAAGAACUGGCAUGCUAGAGAAACGAUGGGAGAGAUGAUUCUCAAAAGGAAUAAAAAAAUGAAAACUAUUGCUUGCAGAUAAGCGAAUUUCCAUAAAACUGCUGAAAAUGUCAUGACAAAUAAGUCAAAGCGAAUAUAAUUUUAACGAGAUUACAAAAACCAUUUACAAAAUUGUCUUAACUGUAUAUCAAAAUUAUCUAUCUAAGAAUAUUCAAAUUUGAAUUGUGUAUAUCACUGUUGCUUGAAUAUAUAAAUGAAUAUCAGUGUAAAAGAAAUAGAUUAUGCUUUUUAGAUACGACGUUAAUUUAUACUCAUUUGUGAUUGCGGUAUUGUUAUUCUUGCGUAAUAUAAACUUUGAUAGAAUCAAUAUAUUGUAUAUCCCGAUAAAUGUAAAUAUCGAUUUGCACAAUGAGCUCUCCAUUAAUUUGGACAUCUCUGCAGUCGUUCCACAUUUAAAUAAAACUUAAUCUCAGUCUUCCACUUUGCUAACAACACA